ACCCAUGAUCUCCCCAAAUACUUUUUUAUUUUAUUUUAUUGCCUUUUUUAUCUAUAAAAAUUCUUUCCUUUUUACUAUAAAGAUUAAAAAAAUACCUCACUUUUCUAUCUUCUCCCCUUCACCUUCUUCUAUUCCCGACCUUCAGAAUUCCCGCCGUAUUUUUCUCUGUUUCUGAUACGAUAGUGUGUUCGUGUUGGUCAGUGGCGUUUUCUUUUAAACUAUGGUCAUGGCUGAGAGUUUGGACGACGACGAGUUUUGGCUUCCUCCUCAGUUUCUUGCUGAUGAUGAUAAUAUGUUAGACCAAAAGACUUGUGCUACCAACAAACACAAUCACCAAUACUGCUUCGGUUCCAAUCCUUUCCAGUUUGGACCGCCAUCUUUUCCUUUUGAGUUUGGAACUUUUGGUGAAUUUUCGGAUUUUAAUUCUCCUGGUGACUUGUUGAAGGGUUCAAGCGAAGAAACACAGAGAGACGAGGAGGAUUGUAUGGCUCGCUCCACCAUUGAUGAUGGAAGGGUUUUGUCUGGAUCUCCGCAAUCGACUCUGUACGAUAUGGGGAGUGGCAGUGGAUGUAGUCAAGUUUCUAGUCGUGAAAGUCCAAAAGGGAACUGUAAAGCUCAAUCUCCUUCAGCUACAUCAGAUCUGUUGCAUGCGGUUGCAAAGGAAGUUGCGAGGAUUCGAAUGAAUGAGAGCCAUGGAAUUCUUCAUCAGAACAGAGGAACACCACAAGUCUCUGUUCCGGUGAAAAACUCGACCACCGGUACCGGAUUUUACCAGAAGUUGGAUGAUCUGCAACACCUGCAACAGAAGGAAAUUAUUCAGCCACAAAACUUGAUUAUCGGUGAACAGAUAAAUUCUGCAGCAGGGUAUCAACAGAAACAAAACCAUCGAAUGGUUCAGAAUGGAGUGAUGGACUGUAAGGGAUUGUCAUCAUCGGCAUGGCUUCCACCGCCGCAGGGCUCUGGAAUGAGGACUCUGUUUCCCGGAACUCAAGGAGGCAAAAGAGAGAGCGCUGGAACUGGUUUUUUUUUGCCUCGACACACCAACACCGAAGCUGACGAACGCAGAAAGCCAGCCUGUUCUACGGUGUUGGUUCCUGCAAGAGUGAUGAAAGCCUUGAAUCUUAACCUUGAUGACAUUUGCAGUCACCCCCAUGUUAAGCCCUUCGCUGGCGGACGAUUCGGUUCAGAGAACGAUGUCCUACUGAGGCUGGAAAUCAACCGUGGUCGAAAUUAUCAAAAACGCAACAGCCGUCGGGAGUCACCAAUAGACCAUGAAAUCAAGCUGCCCCAAGAAUGGACUUAUUGAAAUUAAACUGUUCCUCGAGACGAGGAUAUAGAAAGAAAAUAUAUAUAUAUAUAUGUGAAGAUACAAGGUACAAGUUUUUUUGUACUUUGUUGGGUGAGGGACCGUGGUCACUCAGUCAAAGUGAUGAACAAGGGUGGAUGGAAAAACAAGUUUACUUUCCAUUUCUUUUGUGUUAAAAGAAGUGUAUACAUAAUAACACAUUUCAAUAAUAUUUGAUAACACCCAUUUGCAAUACUCUAUUUCA